AUGGCAGAUGCUCCCGAGGACAUGGUCGAGAGCGUGCUUCCGACGCGCUGGAACCGAGACUUUGAAAAGAUUGCCAAUGAUCUGUGCCCGCAGCUACAGCGAUGGACACGAACACCUCAACGCGUCAUCACAUUCGAUAAAGACGAGGGCCAAUACUUUGGUGUCCGUGCCGUACCUGCGGAAUACCCCAUUGACAAAUUACCGUCCAAGACUUGGGGGAAAGGAGAUGGCUUCAUUCUCGACUUUGGUAUUCACAUGGUGGGAUAUCUCUCAAUGAGACUAGAGUCCCGAGGCUCGCACAUGGACGCCCCGUGCAGGUUGCGCCUCACAUUCGGCGAAUCUCCUUUGGACGUAACUCUCGGUAUGGAAAAUGUCAAGACAUGGAUCAGUACCAGUUGGCUUCCAGACGAAAUCAUCAAUAUCGACAUGUGCCCGGAGGAGGUCUCUCUAUCUCGACGAUACUCGUUCCGCUUCCUUCGAGUGGAAGUCAUCGACACCUCACCCAAAUAUAAGGUUACAUUUUCCGACGUCAAAUGUCAAUGUGUUAGCGCCAUCAGCCAGAACCACUCCCUGGAGGCUCCGCAGUUCAACGAUUCUCUCCUCCAGCAGAUUGACCACGUUAGCAUAUCGACACUGAGAGAUUGCAUGCAAACCGUCUUUGAGGACGGACCUCGAAGGGAUCGUCGGCUCUGGAGCGGAGAUCUUCGGCUUCAAGCACUUGCAAACUACAGCACCUUCCGGGACUUCAACCUCGUCAAGCGCUGCAUCUUCCAAUUUGCUGCCGUGGUGCGCGAAGAUGACUCUGUGCCAGCUUGCAUCUUUGAACAGCCUCAGCUCACGCCUUCGACCGACUACAUAGUUGACUACGACGCGCUAUUCGCCGCCAUUACGUACGACUACGUGGUGGCAUCGGGCGACAAAGCUGCGGGCCACAGCCUCUGGCCCACCGUCCUCGGCUGCGUGAAGCGGGCUCUCACGCAUCUUGAUGCUAUCACUCACGUGUUUGAUGAGUCCAAGGGCGAAGGAUGGAAGUUCCUUGACUGGCAGCCUGGGCUGGAACAUAGUGCAGGACUACACGGAGUCCUACUGUAUUGUCUGAAAGCAGCUAACUCCUUGGCCACGGUUCUCGGCAAGGAUGCCCCUUUUGUGGACCUCGUGGCCCAAAUGACCGAAGCAGCGAAGGUGUUCCUUUCUCCAGACAAUGUCUUCGUGUCUGGCCCCAAGGGACAGGUCAGCUUUGCGUCGGCAUCUUGGCUUGUUCUUGCAGAAGCAUAUCCUCAGGAAAUCGCUAAGGCUGCCCUGAUUAACACACUUGCACACCCCGACGCUCUCAAGCCCCUGACCCCUUACCUAUGGCACCAUGUGUGCGAUGCCCUCGCUACCGUGGGCUUGUUCGAUAAGUGUGUGGAGAUCAUGACCAGCUACUGGGGAGGUAUGGUCCGCGCCGGUGCAGACACCUUUUGGGAGUGCUACAACCCCGAAGACCCUCGGGCAAGUCCCUACGGAGAUGCUCGAAACAACAGUUUCUGUCACGCUUGGAGCUGUACACCGACGUACCUACUAAGGGGGAAGCUGAGAGAGUUUGUCGGCGUCAAGGAAACGAAACCGGUCACGAUGGGUCACUUGGACGAGUAUUGGAUCAAGUCACAGGUCGGGAGUCAGUAA